AUGAACGCUUUGUCAAGCCACGACUCACACCACCCCACCGAGAUGGUCUCUCAAGACCGUAAGGAUGAAGAGAAAGCUAUGUCCACGGAGGUCCCUGGCGGAUCCGACGCAAUCGCCAAUGGAUACUACGAAGAACGCCAGGCCUUCAAACAGGGCCUCCGGGAGCGUCAUAUUCAAAUGAUCGCCUUGGCGGGAACCAUAGGAACCGGUCUUUUCCUCAGCUCUGGUCGUGCUGUUGCCCAUUCAGGGCCUCUAGGCGCGUUUCUAGGAUACACGAUUAUCGGGUUGUCUGUCUCCAGCAUCAUGUUUGUUGUGGGAGAAUUGGGGGCUCUGGUACCGCUCAAUGGAGGCAUUGUGCGUUAUAGCGAGUACUUUUUCGAUCCUGCUCUGUCAUUCGCGAAUGGUUGGAACCUAGUUUAUUCGUAUCUCGUUUCCAUUCCAGCAGAGAUCACCGCUGCUGCGGUUCUUAUUGAGUUUUGGGUUACCAUCAACAAUGCAGUCUGGAUUACAAUUUUCGGAAUCUUGAUGGUGGCCACUGCAAUCUUCCUUGUGCGGGUAUAUGGAGAGUUGGAAUUCGCCUUCUCGAUGUUGAAGAUUAUGCUUGUUAUUGGAAUCAACAUUAUGGCUCUCGUCAUCACUUGCGGAGGAGGCCCUGACCAUCGGACAAUAGGGUUCCAAUACUGGAGAAACCCGGGUCCAUUCGUGCAGUAUUUGGGCAUCAGUGGUUCUCUGGGCCGCUUCCUCGGGCUCUGGUCGACAAUGAACAACGCCAUUUAUUCGUACUCUGGCAUUGAGGUCAUCACCACCGCUGCCGCGGAGACAAGGAACCCAAGACGCGCAAUUCCCCAAGCUGCCCGACGUAUCUUCAUCCGUGUGUUACUGUUUUACAUCCUGACUAUUUUCAUGAUCGGCCUUGUCGUACCUUCAAACGACCCGGAUCUCGUCCAUUCCACGGGCACUGCCUCACAGUCCCCUUUUGUCAUUGCUGCAACCCGGGCAGGUAUCAAGGUUGUCCCAUCUAUUAUCAACGCGGUCAUCCUCACUUCUGCAUGGUCAUCUGGAAACUCCAAUAUGCUCAGCGGGUCCCGAAUCCUUUAUGGUAUGGCAGUCCAUGGACACGCACCUGCGGUCUUCCGUCGCUUGAACCGAUUCGGCGUGCCUUAUGCAGCGGUAGCGUUGUUCGGCCUGUUUAUUUGCUUGGGCUACAUGACUGUUUCCAGCACUGCUAGUACUGUGUUUACCUGGCUGCAGGAUCUAGUUUCAAUCUCGACGCUUAUCAACUGGAUGAGCAUCUGCAUCGUCUAUCUCCGCUUCUACUACGGAUGCAAAAAACAGAGUAUCGACCGCCACAGGGAUCUUCCAUUCGCGGCGCCCUGGCAACCGUAUACAACCUGGGCGACGUUGAUUCUAUUUACUGUGCUACUUAUCACUGGCGGGUACAGCACUUUUAUUCAUGGGGAGUGGAGUGAUGAGACGUUUGUUUCUUCUUAUAUCAAUAUCCCUAUCAUUUUGUUGCUCUAUUUCGGGUAUAAACUGUGGAACAAGAGCAAGAUUAUUCCCCUCGACGAACUGCCCAUCAAGGCUUUCAUCGAAAUCUAUCAGAGGAACCCAGAACCGGCACCGAAGCCAAAACGGGGGCUCCACAAGUUGAACAUCUUAUGGGCUUGA